AUGCCGGUUACACAAGUUUUGGAUAAGAUGCAAAAGCUCAAGGAAGAGAGGGAGUCUAAACGUGCUCGGCUGGAUGGCAGGCAUGUUUACUUACUGGAUACCGUUGCCUCUUGUGUGAAUCUGGGCAGAGCAGAAGUGGAAGAUGCUAUUCUUGACGGUAACCAGAUAGAGCGCAUUGACAAAUUCCUGGCCUCUGGAGGUCUGCGUCAUCUGAUGUUCUACUAUCAAGAUGUGGAGGCAACAGAUACAGGGCACUUUGGCCUUCCAGCAACAGGAAUGAACUCUCAUUUGACAAAGAAGAAGCCUAAAGUAUUUGUGACAGAGGGAAAAGAUGUUGCUUUAACUGGUGUAUGUGUUUUCUUCAUUAGAUCUAGUCUUUUUAAACCCAUCACAACUGAGAAUAUCGAUCAGGAAGUAAAUUUUAAUAUGAUGAACGUAGGUCGAGAUGGCUUACUAAAAAGCGUUGAGCAGUUGAUAUCAGGAAUCUUCAUUCCAGCCUUACAGAUUAUGGACCGUGGCUGGGUUGAACUUGGUGAACCUCAACAAGCUUCCAGUAUUAAGAAGGACUUUCUUUGUUCGCUCGAAGCGUUUGUUAGUGUGCUAUCAGGAACUCAGCAAAGCCUAUUGGAAAAGAUCAAUCUGAAGAAAUGUGAAACACAUGAUCUAACAACUUUGAAAGGACCUUCAGAUUACCUGAUGGCUGCUAACAGCAUAGAUGCUCUUGAAAGAAUAGAAGUCUGUAUGAAAGGAUGGACCAAACAAAUUGAACAGAUUCUUGCAGAAAAUGACCAGUUGAGAAAGGAAGCUGACGACCUUGGACCACGAGCAGAGCUUGAUUAUUGGAAAAAGAGAUUGUCGAAAUUCAACUACCUUACGGACCAGCUGAAGAGCCCAGAUGUGAAGGCAGUGCUUGGAGUACUCACUGCUGCUAAAUCCAAACUGCUGAAGAACUGGCGAGCAUUGGAUAUUCGCAUUACAGAUGCAGUAAAUGAAGCUAAAGAUAAUGUGAAGUAUCUAUAUUCUCUGGAAAAAUGUUGUGACCCAUUAUACAACAGUGAUCCUGUGUCCAUGGUGGAUGCUAUUCCAGGACUCAUAAAUGCAAUUAAAAUGAUCCAGAGUAUCUCUCAGUAUUACAACACGUCUGAAAAGAUAUCCUCACUGUUUGUGAAGGUGACCAAUCAGAUGAUCACAGCGUGUAAAUCUUACAUUUCAAACAACAAUACGGCCACAAUCUGGAAUCAACCUCAGGACAGAGUUAUGGAAAAGUUACAAGCAGCCAUUAGACUUAAACAGGAGUAUCAAAAUUGCUUUCACAAGAUGAAAGAGAAAUUGGAACAAAAUCCAAAUGAAAAACAGUUUGAUUUUAGUGAGAUGUAUAUCUUUGGAAAAUUUGAAACUUUUCAUCGUCGUCUAGUAAAGAUAAUAGAUGUUUUCGAUACUAUGAAAACCUACUCAGUUCUACAGGAGUCUAAGAUAGAGGGAUUGGAAGGAAUGAUCACAAAAUAUGAGAGCAUUGUUGAUGUCAUGAAGAAAAGACAUUAUAAUUUCUUGGAUCAACGGAAGACUGAUUUUGACCAAGACUAUGAAGAGUUUUGCAAAGAAAUAAAUGAUCUUCAUGAUCAGUUAAGGAUUUUCAUGGAUAUCACUAUUGAAAAUAUUCUGAACACUGACAGAGCACUGAGUAUGUUGAAGAAAUUUGAAAGAUUACAAAUACUGAAUCUUGGCAUUGAUGAAAAGUAUCAGAAAAUACUUCAGAACUAUGGUCAUGACAUAGAAACUGUGUGUAAGAUCUACACUAGGCAGAAGCAGGACCCUCCACUAGCUCGUAAUCUGCCUCCAAUAGCUGGUAAGAUCUUGUGGGCACGCCACCUAUUCCAUAGGAUCCAGGAGCCCAUGGAGUCUUUCCAGCGGCACCCGGCUGUUCUGCAAACACCAGAUGGCAAGCGCAUAAUCCGCAACUACAACAAAGUAGCAAGAGUUCUAACGGAGUUUGAGGUGGUCUACCACAGGGCAUGGCUUCAGCAGGUUGAAUUGACUAGAAAAGGACUUCAGACAUUUCUUUUGGUAAAAGCUCCAGAAACAGGAGACUUAUUUGUGAAUUUUGACCCUCAAAUAUUAACUUUAAUCAGAGAAACGGAUUGCAUGGCUCACAUGUGCCUUGAAAUCCCACCAUUUGCAAGUAUUAUUCAGGAGCAGAGAGACUGGUAUAAGAAGAUUGUCAACAAUCUGCACAUGAUGCUGGCAGAAUACAAAAGAAUAAAACUGAAAAUACGACACCCUAUUGAACAACUGAUGGCUCCUCGGUUAGCAAAUGUAGAUGAUGCUAUCCAGCCAGGUCUAAUGUUACUGACCUGGACAUCCAUGAAUAUUGAGAAGUAUAUUAAUAUGGUCUUCUACAAGCUAGCUGGGCUGGAGUUAUUGGUUGAUCGAGUGAAUGACUUGGUUGAAUUUCGUAUUGAUGCUGUCCUUCAAGAAAUGAAUAGAGUGCCACUCUGUAAGUUGCCAGAAGAUGAACCACUGAGCUGUGAGGAAUUUCUCCAAAAGACUAAGGAGCUCUGUAUAAAAGGUUCUCGGACUUUGCAUUUAAAAAGCUCACUGGUGGAAGAUGCUGCUAAUGAGCUGAUUAACAUGUUACUUGACACUGAGAUGCAGGUCAGAAAAGAAGCAACAGAAGAGGAAAGACAAUCAAAAAGCUUGACUUCCUCCCACAAUUCUGGUGAGAUAUGGGCUGGACUGUCUCCUGCAGCAAAGAGGAAGAGAAAGGAUUUAGAAAUAUUAGAAGAAGCAGCCAAUGAACUGCUUUCCUACUUCAAUCAUUGCAAUAUCGACGCCCUUUUGAAAGUCACUCGUAACACUCUGGACACCAUACGCAAGCGCAUCCAUGCAUCUUCCAUGAUCAGCUUCUUAGAAAAUCACAAUGCUUCUAAGCAUCCUAUAAUUAGGACUAGUAUUAACCUGUCUAUUCCUAAUAUCAUCAUGACACCCUCUUUGGAUGAGGUACAGCAGACGCUUAAUAAAGCUGUAGAUAGUAUUGUGAAAGUAAUGAAAGGAGUUGGACAGUGGAGUAAGGAGAGACUAUCCAAGAAGAGAAUGUUAGAGAGAAAAGUGGCUGUGCUGCGAUGUGAGAGCAGAGACAGUGAUUCUGAUGAUGGAAUGAGAGAGACUGGAAAGAAAAACAUCCAUGAUAGUGUGUCAGAUGCAGCAUCACUCAGUUUGUCUGAUCCGGUGCAAAGCCAGAACUACUUCAAGAAUGUUUCAGAAAAUAAAGAAAUUAUUAAAUUAGUAUCUUUACUCAGCACUGCUAUUAAUUCUACAAAAAGGGAAGUUCUCACAGCUUUGGAGAGUUUUAGUUGUUACCACCAUAUAUGGCAGAGGGACAAGGAGGAAACCAUUGGUAAAUUAAUGAUGGGAAACCCAUUACUUUCGGAAUUUGAAUCUGAAAUUCUGCAUUUCCAAGGCUUGGAGCUGAAGAUCAGUUCUGAGCCUGAAUACAUCUGCGUGGGAGCUAUUGCACUGUACACUGCUGAUCUGAAGCUAGCACUGCGAGCAGAAACCAAAGCUUGGAUGAAUUUGCUGGGGUGUCAUUGUAAUAAGAAGUACCGAACAGAGAUGGAAGCAAUUUUCACUUUUAUAGAGGAAACCGGCAAGAAGUUAAAUCGCCACAUCAAGGAUCUGGAUGAUAUAAGAAUAGCCAUGUCAGCUUUAAAAGAGAUCAGAGAACUACAGAUCUCCAUAGACUCUCAAAUUGGGCCCAUUGAGGAAUCCUAUGCUAUGUUAAACAAAUAUGAUCUACUUGUGGCCAAGGAAGAGACAGAGAAGGUGGACACUUUGCACUACACUUGGGAAAAACUGCUAGUCCGUGCAAAUGAAGUGCAGAAUGAGCUCAUUGCUUUGCAGCCAAACUUCAGAGGAGAGCUUAUUAACGCUGUGAAGACUUUUACUGAAGACUGCACACAGUUCUGUUCAGAUUAUGAUCAGAAUGGGCCAAUGGUGGUUGGUUUAGAGCCUCAGGAAGCCAGUGACAGGCUUACUAUGUUUCAGAAUCGAUUUGAUAAUCUUUUUCGGAAAUAUAUUACUUAUACUAGUGGGGAAGAUCUUUUUGGUUUGCCUGUUACUCGGUAUCCUCAUCUGCUUGAAAUAAAGAAGCAACUGAAUCUGCUACAGAAACUCUAUAAUCUAUAUAACAAUGUCAUUGACACAGUCAGUGGCUACUAUGAUAUUCUUUGGUCAGAAUUAGACAUUGGAAAAAUUAACAGUGAACUUCUGGAGUUUCAAAACAGAUGCUGUAAGCUUCCUCGUGGUGUAAAGGAAUGGCAAGCCUUUUUGGACCUAAAGAAGACCAUUGAGAACUUCAGUGAAUGUUGCCCAUUGCUUGAGCGUAUGUUGAGUAAAGCAAUGAUGCCUCGACACUGGAAGAGGAUUAUGGAUCUCACUGAACACAACUUUGAUGUGGAAAGUGAAACAUUUAAACUAAGGAAUAUAAUGGAAGCUCCACUAUUAAGAUAUAAAGACGAAAUAGAGGAUAUCUGCAGAAGUGCUGUGAAGGAGAGAGACAUUGAGCAGAAGUUAAAACAAGUGAUAGCUGAGUGGGACAACAAAACAUUUGUCUUCGCAAACUUUAAAACGCGUGGGGAACUUCUUUUAAGAGGUGACAGCACAUCAGAAACAAUUGCUACCAUGGAGGACAGCUUGAUAAUCCUUGGCUCUCUUAUGAGUAACAGAUACAAUACACCCUUCAAGACACAGAUUCAGAAAUGGGUACACUAUCUUUCCAACACAACAGAUAUCAUUGAGAACUGGAUGACCGUGCAGAACUUGUGGAUUUAUUUAGAAGCUGUUUUUGUUGGUGGUGACAUAGCAAAGCAGCUUCCAAAGGAAGCAAAGCGUUUCUCUAACAUUGAUAAAUCCUGGGUGAGGAUCAUGACCCGAGCUCAUGAAACACCUAAUGUUGUUCAGUGCUGCAUUGGAGAUGAGAUUAUGGGACAGCUACUGCCACAUUUACUAGAACAGCUUGAAAUCUGUCAGAAAUCACUCACUGGGUACCUGGAGAAAAAGCGUCUCCUAUUUCCACGAUUCUUCUUUGUGUCAGAUCCUGCUCUCUUAGAAAUUCUUGGCCAGGCAUCAGACUCUCACAACAUACAGGCACAUCUGCUGAAUGUCUUUGAUAACAUUAAAACUGUCAGGUUCCAUGAAAAGAUAUACGAUUGUAUAUUGUCGAUUAGUUCACGAGAGGGUGAGACUGUGGAGCUGACUAGACCUGUAAUGGCUGAAGGUAACGUGGAAGUUUGGCUGAAUUCUCUGUUGAAGGAAUCCCAGCUGUCACUGCAUCAUGUUAUUCGCCAGGCAGCUGCGCACAUCCAGGAAACUAGUUUCCAGUUGUCUGAAUUUCUUUCUACUUACCCAGCCCAGGUUGGAUUGUUGGGAAUCCAAAUGAUUUGGACAAGAGACUCAGAAGAAGCUUUGACUAAUGCCAGGUAUGAUAAAAAAAUUAUGCGAAAGACGAACCAGUUUUUCCUGGAUCUUCUGAACAUGCUGAUAGAUAUGACAACAAUGGACCUUAGCCCAGUCGAGCGAGUUAAAUACGAGACAUUAAUCACUAUUCAUGUACAUCAGAGGGACAUUUUUGAUGGUCUGUGUUGCAUGCACAUCAAGAGCCCUACAGACUUCGAGUGGCUGAAACAAUGUAGAUUUUAUUUUAAUGAAGACUCUGAUAAAAUGAUGAUUAAGAUCACUGAUGUGGUUUUCACAUACCAGAAUGAAUUCUUGGGCUGUACUGACAGGCUUGUCAUAACGCCUCUUACAGACAGAUGUUACAUCACUUUGGCUCAAGCUUUAGGCAUGAACAUGGGUGGAGCACCUGUGGGACCUGCAGGAACUGGAAAAACUGAAACCAUCAAAGACAUGGGACGGUGCCUUGGAAAAUACGUAGUGGUCUUCAACUGUUCAGACCAGAUGGAUUUCCGAGGACUUGGGAGGAUCUUCAAAGGUCUUGCUCAGUCUGGCUCUUGGGGUUGCUUUGAUGAAUUCAAUCGUAUUGAUUUACCAGUAUUAUCGGUAGCUGCACAGCAAAUUGCGAUUGUGUUGACAUGUAAGAAAGAACGUAAAAAAACCUUUGUUUUUACUGAUGGAGAUAAUGUGGAAAUGAACCCAGAAUUUGGCAUCUUUCUUACUAUGAAUCCAGGAUAUGCUGGACGGCAAGAACUUCCUGAAAACCUGAAGAUCAACUUCCGUUCGGUGGCUAUGAUGGUUCCUGAUCGUCAAAUCAUAAUUCGUGUCAAAAUGGCUAGUUGUGGUUUCAUUACUAAUGUUGUAUUGGCAAGGAAAUUCUUUACACUGUACAAGCUGUGUGAAGAACAAUUGUCAAAGCAGGUGCAUUAUGAUUUUGGCUUGCGGAAUAUAUUGUCAGUGCUACGUACAUUAGGAGCAGCAAAGAGGUCAAAUCCCACAGACACUGAAUCUACCAUUGUCAUGCGAGUGCUGAGAGACAUGAACCUGUCUAAACUAAUUGAUGAAGAUGAACCCUUAUUCCUGAGUCUAAUUGAAGACCUGUUUCCAGAUAUCCAGCUUGAUAAAGUAGUCUACCCUGAACUGGAAGCCGCAAUUGACAAACAGGUGGAGGAAUCUGGACUUGUCUGUCAUCCUCCUUGGAAACUGAAAGUUAUCCAACUUUUUGAAACCCAGAGAGUAAGGCAUGGAUUGAUGACACUAGGACCUAGUGGUGCAGGAAAAACUGUUUGCAUCCACACUUUAAUGAAAGCCAUGACAGAUUGUGGACAGCCACAUCGUGAAAUGAGAAUGAAUCCUAAAGCUAUAACGGCUCCACAAAUGUUUGGUCGUCUCGAUGUGGCAACAAAUGAUUGGACAGAUGGAAUAUUUUCAACACUCUGGAGAAAAACUUUAAGAGCCAAGAAAGGUGACCACAUCUGGAUAGUUCUUGAUGGUCCAGUUGAUGCUAUUUGGAUUGAGAACCUUAAUUCUGUCCUGGAUGAUAACAGAACUCUAACGCUAGCAAAUGGAGAUCGGAUACCUAUGGCGCCAAAUUGCAAAAUAGUCUUUGAACCUCAUAAUAUUGAUAAUGCUUCCCCAGCAACAGUUUCAAGGAAUGGGAUGGGAUUUUUGAAAAGACGUUCCUUCCAAGAAGCUCAAAUUCUCCGUCAGCUGUAUUCUUCAUCAUUCCCAGAUUUAUAUCGCUUCAGUAUUCAAUCUCUGCAAUGCAAGACUGAGAUGUUGGAAGCCUUUGUGAUUAUGCAGAGCAUUAAUAUCCUGCAGGGUCUUAUCCCAUCUAAGGAGCAAGGAGGGGAAUUGACUCCAAAAUACUUGGAAAGGCUGUACAUCUUCUCUCUUAUGUGGAGUGUAGGAGCGUUACUAGAACUGGAAGACAGAUGCAGAAUGGAGCACUGGCUUCGAAACCAUGCAACAAUAAAACUUGAUCUUCCCUGUAUCCCAGAAGGCAGUGAAGAUACUGUGUUCGAUUAUUAUGUGGCAUCUGACGGUAAAUGGAUGCACUGGAAUACACGCGUGGAAGAGUAUGUAUAUCCCAGUAGCAGCACUCCAAAGUAUGGCUCCAUUCUUGUGCCUAAUGUUGACAAUGUGAGAAUGGAUUUCCUUAUUGACACCAUUGCGAAACAGGGCAAGGCUGUCUUACUAAUUGGUGAGCAAGGAACUGCAAAGACUGUUAUCAUCAAAGGUUUUAUGUCAAAAUAUAACCCUGAAAGCCACAUGGCUAAGAGUUUGAAUUUUUCAUCUGCAACUACGCCAUUAAUUUUCCAGCGUACAAUAGAAAGUUAUGUGGAGAAGCGCAUGGGUACAACUUACGGUCCGCCUGCAGGCAAAAAGAUGACGGUCUUCAUUGAUGAUGUGAAUAUGCCCCUAAUAAAUGAAUGGGGAGAUCAGGUCACCAAUGAGAUAGUUAGGCAGCUGAUGGAACAGAAUGGACUGUAUAACCUGGAAAAGCCUGGUGAAUUUACCAACAUUGUGGACAUUCAGUUUUUGGCUGCCAUGAUCCAUCCUGGGGGAGGUCGCAAUGACAUUCCACAGAGGCUCAAGAGACAAUUUUCUGUCUUCAACUGUACUUUGCCUUCUAAUUCUUCCAUUGACAAAAUUUUUGGUGUAAUUGGAGAAGGGCACUAUUGUAGUGAGCGGGGAUUUUCAGAAGAUAUAAAGAAAACUGUAGCCAAAUUGGUUCCACUGACACGCAGGCUGUGGCAGGUCACAAAGCUAAAAAUGUUGCCCACGCCAGCCAAGUUCCAUUAUGUUUUCAACCUUCGAGACCUCUCAAGGAUUUGGCAAGGAAUGCUGAACGCUACAUCGGAAGUGAUUAACGAACCAAAGUUAAGUGCAAUACUGAUAAAACUGUGGAAGCAUGAAUGCAAGCGUGUUAUUGCUGAUCGUUUCACAGCCUCGGAGGAUGUAAACUGGUUUGACGCAGCAGUGGCAAAACUCAUUGAAGAGGAAUUUGAAGAAACAAAAGCUUUGCUGGAUCCUGAAUUUAGUGCAUUCUUUGUUGACUUCUUAAGGGAUGCACCUGAAAAAACUGGUGAAAAAUCAGAGGAAGUUCAUUUAGGUAUUCCCAAAAUCUAUGAACCAAUUUGCUCCUUUCAUCAGCUACGAAAUCGUUUAAAUAUGUUUUUACAAACAUACAAUGAGAACAUCCGUGGUACUGGAAUGGACAUGGUUUUCUUUGAGGAUGCUAUGAUUCAUCUGGUCAAGCAACAUUUACAGCUGUGCAGGUCUGAAAUUUAUGCAUUAGCUAGACGUGAGACAGUUUCGAAGAGAAAGAUAGGAAUAAAUGACUGUGAUCUUAUACAGAUUUCUCGGGUGAUUCGCACUCCUCAUGGAAAUGCUCUUUUAGCUGGAGUUGGGGGCUCAGGAAAGCAGAGCUUGACAAGACUGGCAUCUUUCAUAGCUGGCUAUGAUACCUUCCAGAUAAUGUUAACAAGAUCGUACAACACUUUAAACUUGAUGGAAGAUCUGAAACUCUUGUACAGAACAGCAGGACUGCAAGGCAAAGGCAUCUGUUUUCUUUUUACAGACAACGAGAUCAAAGAUGAGUCUUUCUUGGAAUACCUGAACAAUGUUUUAUCAUCAGGAGAGGUAUCAAACUUAUUUGCACGUGAUGAAGUUGAUGAGAUCAUUAGUGACCUCAUAACCACCUUCAAAAAAGAACAUCCACGUAGACUUCCAACCAAUGAGGUUCUGUAUGACUACUUCAUGAGCAGAGUCCGUCAGAACCUUCAUGUGGUUCUUUGCUUUUCACCAGUAGGUGAAAAAUUCCGAAACAGGGCCCUAAAGUUCCCUGCUCUCAUUUCUGGAUGCACUAUAGAUUGGUUCAGCCGAUGGCCUAAGGAUGCUCUAGUGGCAGUAUCUGACCAUUUCCUGUCCUCAUUUGAUAUGGACUGCACUGCUGAUACAAAGAGGGAAAUUGUGCAGUGUAUGGGCUCAUUCCAAGAUGCAGUGGCAGAGAAGUGUUCUGAUUACUUUCAAAGAUACAGACGUUCUACACAUGUGACUCCCAAAUCCUACCUGUCUUUUAUUCAGGGAUAUAAAACCACAUACAAAGAAAAGCAUGCUGAAGUGCAGACAUUAGCGAACAGAAUGAAUACUGGACUGGAAAAAUUGAAAGAGGCCUCUGAGUCAGUGGCUGCUUUAAGCAGAGAGCUGGAGAUAAAAGAAAAGGAACUUCAAAUUGCCAAUGAAAAAGCUGACAUGGUAUUGAAAGAAGUUACUGUGAAAGCACAGGCUGCUGAGAAGGUGAAGGGUGAAGUUCAGAAGGUGAAAGACAAAGCUCAAGCUAUUGUAGACAGUAUCUCGGUUGACAAAGCCAUUGCUGAAGAGAAGUUGGAAGCCGCUAAGCCUGCUUUGAAAGAGGCAGAAGCAGCCUUACAGACAAUAAAGCCUACAGAUAUCGCCACUGUCCGCACACUGGGUCGACCUCCUCACCUCAUUAUGCGUAUCAUGGACUGUGUGUUACUGCUGUUUCAGCGAAAAGUGAACAAUGUGAAAAUUGAUCAGGAAAAAUGCUGUACCAUCCCAUCAUGGCAAGAAUCUUUGAGACUGAUGACAGCAGGGAACUUCUUACAGAACUUGCAGCAAUUUCCAAAGGACACAAUUAAUGAAGAAGUGGUAGAACUUUUGAGCCCUUAUUUUGAAAUGGUGGACUACAACAUCGAGACAGCUAAGAGAGUAUGUGGGAAUGUUGCUGGCCUUUGUUCAUGGACUAAAGCUAUGGCUAUAUUUUUUUCCAUCAACAAAGAAGUAUUACCUUUAAAGGCCAAUUUAGCAAUCCAGGAGAAUCGCCUAACCACUGCUAUGCUGGAUCUGCAGAAAGCUCAAGAAGAACUGGCUGCCAAGCAAGAAGAAUUAGAUAUUGUGCAGGCAGAGUAUGAAAAAGCAAUGAGAGAAAAACAGACUUUGCUUGAAGAUGCUGAGCGUUGCCGUCAUAAAAUGCAAACUGCCUCAAGUCUUAUAAGUGGUUUAGCAGGUGAAAAAGAGAGGUGGACAGAGCAGAGUAAAGAAUUUGCCAUGCAAACCAAGAGGCUAGUGGGUGAUGUACUCUUGGCUACAGCUUUUCUGUCCUAUUCUGGUCCUUUUAACCAAGAGUUCCGCAGUCUGCUAUUAAAUGACUGGCAAAGGGAAAUGAAAAGCCGGAAAAUCCCCUUUAGCAACAACUUGAACCUCAUAGAAAUGUUGACUGAUGCUCCAACUAUCAGUGAAUGGAACCUACAAGGAUUACCAAAUGAUGACUUAUCCAUACAGAAUGGAAUCAUUGUCACUAAAGCAUCCCGUUAUCCUUUAUUGAUCGAUCCACAGGCACAGGGUAAAAUUUGGAUUAAAAACAAGGAAGGCGGAAAUGAACUUCAGAUCACUUCUUUGAAUCACAAGUAUUUUAGAAAUCACUUAGAAGACAGCCUAUCUUUGGGAAGACCUCUUUUGAUAGAAGAUGUUGGAGAAGAGCUUGACCCAGCACUUGAUAAUGUUUUGGAGAGAAACUUCAUUAAAACAGGUUCAGCCAACAAGGUGAAGGUUGGUGAUAAGGAACUAGAUGUUAUGAAUGGCUUCAGACUUUACAUUACUACAAAACUGCCAAAUCCAGGUUACUCUCCUGAAAUUAGUGCUCGAACCUCCAUCAUUGACUUUACUGUGACCAUGAAAGGUCUCGAAAACCAACUCUUAGGCAGAGUCAUUCUCACAGAGAAACAGGAACUAGAGAAAGAAAGAACAGAUCUUAUUGAAGAUGUGACUAUGAACAAAAGGAGGAUUAAAGACCUAGAAGAUAACCUUUUGUUCCGACUUACAAGCACUAAGAGUUCUCUGGCAGAUGAUGAGAGUCUAAUAAUUGUAUUAAGUAGCACUAAGAAGACUGCUGAAGAAGUUACACAGAAACUACAGACUUCUGCUGAAACUGAAGUACAGAUCAACUCAGCCCGUGAAGAGUACAGACCUGUUGCAACUCGAGGUAGCAUCUUAUACUUCCUUAUUACCGAGAUGAGCAUGGUCAAUGUGAUGUAUCAGACUUCGCUUCGGCAGUUUUUGGGGCUUUUUGACCGCUCCCUAGCCAGGUCCACCAAGAGCCCUAUUACUAGCAAGAGGGUUACUAAUAUUAUUGAACAUAUGACGUAUGAAGUGUUCAAAUAUGCUGCCCGAGGACUCUAUGAGGAGCACAAAUUUCUUUUCACAUUAUUACUUACAUUGAAGAUCGAUAUACAAAGAAACAGAGUGAACCAUGCAGAAUUUCUGACACUUAUUAAAGGUGGUGCUUCCCUAGACCUUAAAGCUUGUCCUCCUAAGCCAGCUAAGUGGAUUCUGGAUAUGACUUGGCUAAACUUGGUGGAGCUCAGUAAGCUUAAGCAAUUUUCAGAUAUUCUUGAUGAAAUUUCCAGAGCAGAGAAACGGUGGAAAAUCUGGUUUGAUAGUGAGAAUCCUGAAGAAGAACUGGUUCCUAGUGGCUAUGGUCAAUCCCUGGACUGCUUCAGACAUCUUCUUCUUAUCAGAUCUUGGUGUCCUGACAGGACCAUAGCUCAGGCAAGAAAAUACAUCAUUGACACUAUGGGAGAGAAAUACGCAGAGGGAGUCAUCUUGGACUUGGAGAAGACAUGGGAAGAGUCAGAUCCACAUACUCCUCUCAUAUGCUUUCUUUCCAUGGGCUCUGAUCCUACAGACUCAAUUAUUGCUUUGGGAAAAAGACUUAAGACAGAGACACGUUGUGUUUCCAUGGGCCAGGGGCAAGAAAUCCAUGCUCGUAAACUUCUACAGCAGACAAUGGCUUAUGGAGGUUGGGCACUUCUGCAAAACUGUCACCUUGGACUUGACUUUUUGGAUGAGUUGAUGGACACCGUAAUAGAGACAGAGACUGUCCAUGAAAGCUUUCGACUGUGGAUGACAACUGACAUUCACAAACAGUUCCCCAUCACCCUUCUUCAAAUGUCUAUUAAGUUUACCAAUGAACCACCACAAGGGCUCAGAGCUGGACUAAAGAGAACAUAUAGUGGUGUCAGCCAGGAUUUACUAGAUGUCAGUGACAUGGCACAAUGGAAACCAAUGUUGUAUGCUGUAGCCUUUCUACACUCUACAGUUCAAGAAAGACGCAAGUUUGGAUCUCUGGGUUGGAAUAUACCCUAUGAGUUUAAUCAAGCUGAUUUCAAUGCUACUGUGCAGUUCAUUCAAAACCACUUGGAUGGCAUGGAUGCCAAGAAGGGAAUCUCCUGGAGUACUGUUUGUUAUAUGAUAGGUGAGAUCCAGUAUGGUGGCCGUGUGACGGAUGACUAUGACAAAAGGCUCAUGAACACCUUUGUAAAGUUUUGGUUCAGUGAAAAUAUGUUCAGUCAGGAAUUCAGCUUCUACAAAGGAUACGGCAUACCGAAAUGCACUGUGGUGGAUCAAUACCUGCAGUACAUACAGAGUCUUCCUGCUUAUGACACACCAGAGGUGUUUGGUUUGCACCCCAAUGCAGAUAUCACUUACCAAAGUAAACUUUCCAAAGACGUAUGGGACAUCAUCCUCAGUAUUCAGCCUAAAGAUAGCUCUGGUGGAGGAGGUGAAACCCGAGAAAAGAAGUCCACACCCAUGUUUGUACAGAUUCCCAAAGUAGCCACCGUGCUUAUGUACGCAGUAAAAGAGAAAUUAAAGAACAUGGGACCUUUUCUGCCUAUGAACAUAUUUUUGCGACAGGAGAUUGAACAAAUGCAGAGAGUUAUUUCCUUAGUGAGAAGCACUCUGACUGAUGUAAAACUUGCCAUUGAUGGGACAAUAGUUAUGAGUGAAAAUCUGAGGGAUGCUUUAGACUGCAUGUAUGAUGGAAGGAUUCCUGCUAGCUGGAAAAAAGCAUCUUGGGCUUCUAGUACACUUGGUUUCUGGUUUACUGAGCUUCUAGAAAGAAACCAUCAGUUUUACAGCUGGAUUUUUGAAAGCCGACCAAAUUGCUUCUGGAUGACAGGAUUUUUUAAUCCUCAAGGAUUUUUAACUGCAGUGAGGCAGGAAAUAACAAGGGCUAACAAAGGAUGGGCUCUUGACAGUGUAGUGCUGUGCAAUGAGGUCACUAAAUGGAUGAAGGAUGAUAUCACAAGCCCUCCUUUGGAAGGUGUCUAUGUGUAUGGACUGUAUUUGGAAGGAGCUGGUUGGGACAGAAGAAACAUGAGACUAACUGAGUCUAAGCCCAAGGUGCUCUCUGAGAUGAUGCCGGUUAUAAGGAUAUAUGCAGAGAAUAACACUGUGAAAGAUCCACGUCUGUAUUCAUGUCCAGUCUACAAAAAGACCAUUCGAACAGAUAUGAAUUACAUUGCGGCUGUGGAUCUUAGAACCCUUCAGCCUCCAGAGCACUGGGUGUUGCGUGGGGUAGCACUUCUGUGUGAUGUCAAGCUUGAUUGCGUGAUGGACUCACAGUGCCUAUGGCUACACUGCAAGUGGCAGCAUUUAACGGUUUGUGUUGAGGAACUGGAGGCGUCUGGUGUUUGGAUGCAGUUCUCAGUGAAUUUAAUCGGACUGGUUUUAUUUCUUUUUCUAGUGUGGGUGCAUUGGGAAUAUGAAAAUCAGGCAGUUCAGGGCUUUGGUGCAUGCUACUCUAUCUUGCACCUUGUGGAUUUUACAAGCCAAGCUACAGCAAUGGGACAGUCGAUAAAAACCAUCUUCAUGCUUUUUCUCAAGAAGAAAUUUUUCCUGGCAUUAAGUGGAGAUAACAGAGACCUGAGGAGGGAUCAAGACAAGCAAAAUGAGAACAAAGCAGUUUCUGCCAUUCAUCUAAACAAGGUUAAGACUAAGGGGUAA